CUUGUACUUUCUUGGAAUCACGCUAAGCCCUAUUUUGUGUAUCCUUGCUUGUUUCCUGUCUUGGUCUUGUUCGCAACGAACUGAACUAACUUUCCUGUCUUAACUUCUUUCUUCGCAUCAAUUCCUCCUUUUCUUCUUCUCUUCUUCUCUCCUAACUGUCUCUCUUUCUUCUCUAUCUACCAAAUAUCACAAAUACACUCCUUUUUAUCUGUGAAUUUAUCACCCUCAACACACCCCGAAUCGAUGAAGGAGCCCCCGCCUACCCAAGCACCAGUCACGGACCGUCUACGCUCAUGGCUACACCCUAAACCUGACGAAAACGAGGGCACAGAGCUGCCCACGACCCUCCCUCCCACUACCUCACUUACCACCUCCACGACCCAUAGUCACCAUGACUUCAACGGCGGCGAGAAGAACAUCACCUUCGCAGACAGCAACGGCAAUGGCGCAACCCACGAAAAUGGAAAUGGCCACGCCAUCAACAUCGCAUCCCUCUCCGGCACAACGCCACAGCCCGAUACGGAGGCUGAGGGGACGGGGUCUGUCGUGAGCGGCACCGAGGAAAAGAAGAAAAAGAAUAUUGCCGUGCGCUUUGCGCUCACCACCAAAAAAAUCGUCUGCUCGAGCUGGCUUAAUGUCAUCCUCGUGUUCGUGCCCGUGGGUAUUGCCGUCGAGGCUGCCCACGCUAGUCCGAUCAUCAUCUUCGUGAUGAACGCCAUCGCUAUUGUGCCGCUGGCUGGACUGUUGAGUUACGCGACGGAGAGCGUCGCGAAGCGCAUGGGUGACACCGUCGGAGCGCUGAUGAACGUCACAUUUGGAAACUCGGUCGAGCUGAUUAUUUUCAUCAUCGCUCUGGCCAAAAACGAGAUCCGCAUUGUACAGGCGUCCCUUCUUGGGUCAAUCCUGGCUAAUCUGCUACUGAUUCUUGGCCUUGCCUUUUUUAUUGGUGGACUGAGAUUCCGGGAGCAGAUUUACAACAGCACGGUUACGCAGAUGAGCGCUUGUCUGCUCAGUCUGAGUGUUAUGAGUCUUCUGCUGCCUACUGCUUUCCACGCUGCCUUCAACGACCAAAAUCAGGCGAAGGCGGAUAAGGCAGUUGUCAAGGUCAGCAGAGGCACGAGUGUCAUUCUGCUGCUCGUAUAUGGACUUUACCUUGUCUUUCAGCUCAACUCGCACGCGUACUUGUAUCAGAGUACGCCACAGCACAUUAUCGAUGAAGAGUCUGCACCUGGGCCAGUGGCGCUCUGGAUGGAGUCUUCAACCGAUGACUCCUCCUCCAGCUCUAGCUCUGAUGACUCUGAUGACUCGAACGGCACAGCCGCUAAGAUCAAGCGCGCUAUCAAACGUGGAGGCCGCAGACGCCGCAAGUCGAGCGUGAGCACCGCCAACACAUUUGAUCGCGCCAACCUAUCCCGGAAUACCUUUUACGAGGAAACCGGCGGGCCAUCCACGCUGCCCACGGGUGCUGCCGACGCAGACAUCGAGGAUAACUCGACGCCCCUACGUGCAAACAGCAGAAGUCGCCACAACAGCAUCAAUGAGAAGCAGGAAAGGUCGUGGCGUAAGGAACGAAAGGAGCGCAAGCGCCAAAAGCACGCCGAGAAAAAGGAGCGGAAGAGGGCAAAGAAGGCCCUGCGCGAGCAGGCUGAGAUGGAAGAGACCAAAGAGCCCAUGGGUGACUACGAACCCCGCCGCGUCGACUUCGCCGUCGCAGACACGGAGAUCCAAGAACCCAUCCCCAAACGCCCGUUCCUGAAGAGCAUCCGCCCCGCCUUGCCAAAGACCCUCUCGCAGAGCGUCUUCACCCAGCCACCGCCCUCGGCCUCGCCUCACCCCGUAGCCACACCAGGCCCGGUCCCACGUAUCCGCUACGGUAUCCGCCGCACGAACUCUCUGCCAUUACGUCUAGACACCCCUGCCGGCGUCGAGGCGGCAGCGGUCACCCCUAACCAGCUCAUCCACGCGUCGUCGUCGAUUCCUAUCCACCCCCAUACCGAGAAGGUGGAGGAGGACGAAGAUGACAUUUCCCGCACCACGGCUGUUAUUCUCCUGCUCGUCUCUACUGGUUUGGUUGCCGUGUGCGCCGAGUUCAUGGUUGCUAGUAUCAAUGAUGUUACUACGCAUACUGCCCUCGGCGAGACGUUUGUGGGAUUGAUCAUCUUGCCUAUUGUUGGUAAUGCGGCGGAGCACGUGACGGCUGUUACGGUGGCGACGAAGAAUAAGGUUGAUCUCGCUAUUGGUGUUGCUGUUGGAAGUAGUAUUCAAAUUGCACUCUUUGUGACCCCUUUCAUCGUUCUCCUCGGCUGGAUGAUGGAUAAACCCAUGUCACUGUACUUCACCCUCUUCGAGACGGUAUGUCUCUUCGUGUCGGCCUUCAUAGUCAACUUCCUCGUCUUGGACGGCCGCAGUAAUUACCUUGAGGGUGCGCUGUUGUGUGCCGCAUAUGUUAUCAUCGCCGUGGCAGCAUUCUUUUACCCAGCUCUUGGGGACCAAAGUUUGUUGGGCGGUAAUACUGCUGCGGGUAGUUAGAUGAGUUGAGGAUGAGGUGGAUAGAUGGGGAUGAUAGGGUGGGGA